GACGCGCUGCGCCGGAAUCGGACCCCGCACACACCCUCCCCUUCACUCCCUCUCUCCGCUCCUCCACUUCACCGAGGGCGGUCGGAGUGGCAGCAUCCUCCUCCACGCCGCUGGAUCCCGUCCGGUCCGUCCGCUCUGUGGCAGCACGGGAACUGCAGGCGCACCGGAGCCGGAGCCGGAGCCGGAGGAGAGCCGCGGAGCGAAGGAGGGGGAGGACGGACGCGCCAGCCGCUGCCUCACAGGCGGGAUCGCUCUCUGCGGCAUCCCGUCGCCUCAACAUGCCUCUGGGGAGCCACGGACUCGCGGGGAUUACUGCGCUGCUCGGCUCGCUGCUCCUCGGCUGCCGUGGGACAGGUGGAGAAGAGGCGUGCGACAGCCCACUGGUGUCCAGUUUGCCGCCAUCAUCCUUCCGGAGUUCCUCCCAGCUCUCCAGCAGCCAUGGGCCGGUCUUUGCCAAGGUCAACAGGAGAGAAGGAGCCGGAGGCUGGUCUCCCCUCGUCUCAGACAGAGACCAGUGGUUGGAGGUGGACCUGGGGAGACGGACCCAGAUCACGGCCGUGGCCACGCAGGGCCGGUACGGGAGCUCUGAUUGGCUGACGGCCUACCUGCUGAUGUUCAGCGACACGGGACACAACUGGAGACAGCACCGGCAGGAGGACAGCCUGGGGGCGUUCCCGGGCAACAGCAACGCAGACAGCGUGGUGCAGUACAAGCUGGAGCAGCCGGUGGUGGCGCGCUACCUGUGCCUGACUCCUCUGCGCUGGAACCCCGCGGGCAGGAUCGGACUCCGGCUGGAGAUCUACGGCUGCAGAUACACCUCGGACGUGGCCAACUUCGACGGCGGCAGCAGCCUGAUCUACAGACCGAGCGCGAGGCCGCUCCCGCCGCACACGGAGGUCAUCGCGCUGCAGUUCAAAACCCUGAGGAACUCUGGGACGCUGCUGCAUGCUGAGCGACAGAGGGACCACAGCCUCACCCUGGUGCUGGAGAAGGGGCAGCUGCUGCUCUACCACCAGCAAGGCGUGAGCUCGUCCUCUGACGGACAGCUGCUCCUGUCCCUCGGCAGCCUGCUCGAUGACCAGCACUGGCACCGCGUCAGGCUGGAGCGCCUCAACGAGCACCUCAACCUCACCGUGGACAGGGACACCCGGCAGGUUCACGUUCCGGCGGAGCUCAGCCGCUCAGACAUUCACCAGCUGAGCCUGGGGGCCGUGCAGGGUCACGGGCUGCAGAAACCCGUCCUGUCCAACCGGAACUUCCACGGCUGCCUGGAGAACCUGCUUUUUAACGGCGUCAACGUGAUCGACCUGGCCAAACAGAACAACCCGCAGGUCACUGUGAUGGGCAACGUGACCUUUUCGUGCGCCGAGCCCGUGUCGGUGGCCGUGACGUUCACUGACUCCCAGAGCUUCCUGCAGCUGCCGGGCCUGACGUCGUGGUCAUCCGGGGUCGUUGCCGUGGCGCUGCAGUUCAGGACGUGGAACAAGGCGGGGCUGCUCCUGACCUUUGACCUCUCUCCGCAGGGUGGCACAGUCUGGUUAUACCUGAGCGAGGCCAGGCUGCGCCUACAGAUCAGUAAAGUGGGCAGGACGACGCUGGAGCUCACUGCAGGCUCCGGCCUGAACGACGGCCAGUGGCAUUCUGUGGAGCUCGACUCCCGACCAGAUCACCUGAGCAUCACAGUGGACAAAGAUGAAGGAGCCACGGCUCACGCCAGCAUCCCGCUGCCUCUGACGGCCGACAGCCAGCUCUUCUUCGGUGGUUGUCCUGCUCGUGGCUGCAGAAACCCCUUCAAGGCGUUUCAAGGCUGUAUGCGCCUGGUGAGUCUGGACCACCAGCCUGUUGACCUGAUCAGGGUGCAGCAGAGAUCGCUGGGAAACUACAGCCACUUGCAGAUUGACAUGUGCGGCAUCAUUGACAGGUGCUCCCCCAGUCACUGUGAACACGGAGGUCGAUGCAGCCAGUCGUGGAGCACCUUCCACUGUAACUGCUCCAGCAGCGGCUACAGAGGCGCCACCUGCCACAGCUCAAAAUAUGAGCAGUCAUGUGAGGCGUACAAACACAAAGGCAACACCUCAGGACAUUAUUACAUCGACGUGGACGGCAGCGGACCCAUCAGACCCCAGCUCGUCUACUGCAACAUGACAGACGACCGGGCCUGGAUGGUGAUCCAGCACAACAACACAGAGCUGACCAGGGUGCGUCCAGCUCCUGAGAGGAACCAGCACGUGGCCCACUUCGACUAUGCUUCUGAGGAGGAGCAGCUGAACGCCGUCAUCAGCCAGUCCGAGCACUGUGAGCAGGAGCUGGCCUACCGCUGCAGGAAGUCCCGCCUCCUCAACACGCCAGAGGGAGCUCCAUUCAGCUGGUGGCUCGGCGGUCCCGGCCCGGGUCGGGUCCAGACCUACUGGGGUGGAGCUCUGCCCGGCAGCCGCCAGUGUGCCUGCGGUGUCCAGGACAACUGCCUGGACUCCAACCACUACUGCAACUGUGACUCAGACGCCGAGCAGUGGACUAAUGACUCCGGCCUCCUCACCCAUAAGGAGACGCUUCCGGUCCGGUCUGUGGUUCUGGGUGACGUCCAUCGGCCUGGGUCCGAGGCGGCCUACAGAGUGGGGCCUCUCCACUGUCACGGAGACAAGAACUUUUGGAACGCUGCGUUUUUUGACAAGGAGACGUCCUACCUCCACUUCCCCACCUUCCAAGGAGAACUGAGCGCCGACAUCUCCUUCCUGUUUAAAACCACGUCCUCCUCUGGGGUCUUCCUGGAAAACCUGGGAAUCAAGGACUUCAUCCGGAUAGAGCUCAGGACCUCCUCCGAGGUCGUCUUCUCCCUGGAUGUGGGGAACGGCCCCCUGGAGGUGCGGGUGGAGGCGAGCGUCCCGCUGAACGACGACCGCUGGCACGCGGUGCACGCAGAGAGGAACGUGAAGGAGGCGACGCUUCGCGUGGACGACUUCCCAGCCGCGACGCAGGAGGCUCCUGCUGAUGGACACAUUCACCUGCAGCUCAACAGCCAGCUGUUCAUAGGAGGCACCGCAUCCCGGCAGAAAGGCUUCCUCGGCUGCCUCCGCUCGCUGCAGCUCAACGGCGCCACUCUGGACCUGGAGGAGAGGGCGAAGAUCACCCCGGGGGUCCGACCCGGCUGCCCGGGCCACUGCAGCAGCUACGGCCGGCUGUGCCAGAACCAGGGGCGCUGCGUGGAACAGGCCGAGGGCUUCACCUGCGACUGCGGCCUGUCGGCUUAUUCUGGAGCCUUCUGUCACCAAGAGGUUUCAGCCAGCUUCAAGUCUACGACGUCUGUCGCCUACGCGCUCAGCGAGCCGUACGAAGCGAGCAGGAACAGCAGCGCCGGGCCGUCCUCCAUCCACGCUGACGUGGCAGUGAGGGGGGAACACGUUUCCCUGGGCUUCAGAACCAGCCAGAGCCCGGCUCUGCUGCUCUACGUCCACUCGCUGCACAGGGAAUACCUGGCUCUGCUCAUCAACAGCCACGAUGAGCUGGAGCUGAGGUACAAGUUGCACAGUGGAGACGUUGAGGUUGUGGGCAGCAGAGUGGAGAACCUGGCCGACGGGAACCUGCACACGGUCACCAUCAGACGCCUGGCGGACGCCGUCUCCAUGCGGAUUGACCAGAAUGAAAAGGAGGACUUCAACUUAACAAGCGAUGUGGGACUGAACAGCAUGAAAUGGCUGAUUCUGGGCCGGGUGCAGGACUCUGACGCCUUGGAUGCAGACAUGGCUGCGCUGGCGUCCCUCGGGUUCACCGGGUGCCUGUCAGCUGUUCAAUUCAACUCCAUCAGUCCGCUGAAAGCAGCGCUGCUGCGUCCCGACGGCCCCGUCACCGUCAGCGGCCCGCUGGUUCAGUCGAGCUGCGGUUCCUCCGCUCCGGCCGAUCCCUUCGCCGCAGAAACCACGCACUCCAUAUCAGAACAACCCAGUCCAGUGGACCCAGGUCAGCCGUUAGUCAACGCCAUCAGGAGUGACUCAGCUCUGAUCGGAGGGGUGAUCGCCAUCGUGAUCUUCGUCACCGUGUCUGCUUUGGCAGUAAUGGCCCGAUUCAUCUGCAGUAGAAAAGAGACCUAUCGAAACCAGGAGGUCAAAGCGGUGCAGCCAGAAGAAGGCCACGAGUUCCCCUUCGGCAGCGAGGCCGACUCCCAGAGCGCUGCCAGAGGAAACCAGAAGGAGUUUUUCAUUUAGCGGCUGCCCUGACCUCUCGCCGACCCCACAGGAGGGAGGAGCGUGACUGACAUGGAACACAGAGCCCCUCAGCAGCGAAGAGAGGACUCGAACUGCUCCUGUAAAUACUGUACACUUUGCUAAAAACUGUCAGAUGUGUUGGACUUCAUCACUUUAUAAAAGGUUCCUUUUCCCUAGAGGGUGUAAAUCUCUGAAAUGUGCAGUGGAUGGUGAUUUGUGUGCUGAUGAGAUGCUCUCGGACGGGGAGGGGCUAGAAGCUAGAAGCCCCUCCCACAGUGGACUCAAACCCGAGGAGAUGAUCAACGUGAGGAAAGGCUGUGGUUUUGCUAGAAGUGUAACAGCGUUUCUCAUCAUUCAAAGGAAACAGGUGAAUUUAAAUUUAAAUGAAGCCCGUCUUUGUUGCAGUUAACAUUUACUUUUGGAGCGGCUUCAUGAGAUGCACUUUUUCUACGAGGAUGAUGUAGUUGUGUCAAAUCUGAGCCGGAUGUGUCAUAAAUUCACGUGUGCGUUUCACACCUAAAAACUGAGCCAAAAAAUUCUACACCUGCUGUGUAUGUGAAUACGGAUUCAGAAGCAGAAGCCCUUUGUCUCGUUUUGUUAUUCACUGUGUGUUUUCUUUAUAACAUUGCAGAAAUAAAGAACUUUACAAUGAGACAAA